CCGAAGCCGCCCGUUCAAUCAACUAUUCCGAGGGCUGACGAGAUAGAGGUGGACGACGUACUACUAACGUAUCAAGACGACGUGCCACCAACGCCUGUGACGCCAGUGUUAGUAGAGGGUAUAGUAUUACUGCAGAAUCUGAUCAAACAGGAUGCUCAUAUACUGAAUAAGGCGAGUAUACCGCGCCUAGAGCGGCACGUACAGAAGCUUGCCCAUGCCGCCCAGGUAUCCUUGGCCAAACGUGCCUUCCUCAGUGCCGAAUGUGCCCUCCUCGAUAAUCGAAACCAGAUGUUAACCAGAAUAAAUAACGAGGCUAAAGUUCGCCGAUUAACUAGGUCAAUCGUCCUGGGGAAGGCGAAAGUGAUGAGCUUUGAGGAUAUCGAGGUGGCACGAACAGCGCGUGCUGCGAAGGAUGCCAAGGGCAAGGGGAAGCGUGGUCGAAAGCGUAAGAGUGCUACGCUAGAGGCAGAUGAGCCAGAAGGAGCAGAGGCAGAGGUAGAAGCAGAGCCAGAGCCAGAGCCAGAAGUGGCGCGUACUGCAAAAGAGGUCGUCAAGGGAAAAAAACGCGGGCGCAAGCGUAAAAUUGCUGCGCAAGAGGCAGAGAAGUCAGAGCCAGAAGUGGCGCGAAUAAUCGACGUGCGAGUGGCACCGGUUACGCGGAUGAUAUGA